CACCGCUAGCAGCCCCGCGUUACCUAGCGAAGAGAAACCGGCUGGAGCAUCGUUCGAACGACCCUGAGAAGUCCGAUCGUCCCAGUGGAGCUGGGCUGCGAUUCUUGUUAAGUUGAGCCUCAGUGACCCUGUGGCUGAAGUUAGCGCCCUGACGCUGGGGAAGCCGGACACGUCGCCCGGAGUGAUAUUUGGGCGCCUUUUAGCUGCGGUGGCUCCACAAACCUCCUUCUGGAGACCCGAAGAACCCCAGUGGGCGAGCUAUUGCCGUUAGCUUUCUUUUGUGUGGCUUCUGGACUCUUCGCUCCCUGCCAGGCAGCGGAGCCCCGGUACAAAGCGGUUGUACCACGCCAACCUAUUUUCUCCACCAGCGCUCGCGCCUCAGUUUCCCCCCUACUUGGCCAGGUGUAAGUCGCGGCAAGAUGAUUGCCUCGCACAUGAUCGCCUGCUUGUUCACGGAACUCAACCGUAACCAAGUGCAGAAGGUUGACCAGUAUCUCUAUCACAUGCGUCUAUCUGACGAGACUCUUCUGGAGAUUUCUAAGCGGUUCCGCAAGGAGAUGGAGAAAGGGCUUGGAGCCACCACCCACCCUACUGCUUCUGUGAAAAUGCUGCCCACCUUUGUGAGGUCUACUCCAGAUGGCACAGAACACGGUGAGUUUUUGGCUCUGGACCUUGGAGGGACAAACUUCCGCGUGCUCCGGGUAAGAGUGACAGACAAUGGACUCCAGAAGGUGGAGAUGGAGAACCAGAUCUAUGCUAUCCCUGAGGACAUCAUGAGAGGCUCUGGCACACAGUUGUUUGACCAUAUUGCUGAAUGCCUGGCCAACUUCAUGGAUAAGCUACAAAUCAAAGACAAGAAGCUCCCACUGGGCUUUACCUUCUCCUUCCCCUGCCACCAGACUAAACUAGAUGAGAGUUUCCUUGUCUCAUGGACCAAGGGGUUCAAAUCCAGUGGAGUGGAAGGCAGAGAUGUGGUGGCUCUGAUCCGAAAGGCUAUCCAGCGGAGAGGGGACUUUGAUAUUGACAUUGUGGCUGUGGUGAAUGACACAGUUGGGACCAUGAUGACCUGUGGCUAUGAUGACCAGAACUGUGAGAUUGGUCUCAUUGUGGGCACUGGCAGCAACGCCUGCUACAUGGAGGAGAUGCGCCAUAUUGACAUGGUGGAGGGCGAUGAGGGGCGGAUGUGCAUCAACAUGGAGUGGGGGGCCUUUGGGGAUGAUGGCACACUCAAUGACAUCCGCACUGAGUUUGACCGGGAGAUCGACAUGGGCUCGCUGAACCCUGGGAAGCAACUAUUCGAGAAGAUGAUCAGCGGGAUGUACAUGGGGGAGCUGGUGAGGCUCAUCCUGGUGAAGAUGGCCAAGGAAGAGCUACUCUUCCAGGGGAAGCUCAGCCCAGAACUCCUCACCACAGGCUCCUUUGAGACCAAAGAUGUUUCAGAUAUUGAAGAGGAAAAAGAUGGUCUCCAGAAGGCCUACCAGGUCCUGGUGCGGCUGGGCAUAGAUCCACUGCAGGAGGACUGCGUGGCUACUCACCGGAUCUGCCAGAUCGUGUCCACGCGCUCAGCCAACCUCUGUGCAGCUACUCUGGCUGCUGUGCUGUGGCGCAUCAAGGAGAACAAGGGGGAGGAACGCCUGCGCUCCACCAUUGGCGUGGAUGGCUCCGUCUACAAGAAACACCCCCAUUUUGCCAAGCGUCUUCAUAAGACUGUGCGGCGGCUGGUGCCUGACUGUGAUGUUCGCUUCCUCCGCUCUGAGGACGGCAGUGGCAAAGGAGCAGCUAUGGUGACAGCGGUGGCCUACCGGCUGGCUGACCAACACCGAGCCCGCCAGAAAACCCUGGAACCUCUCAAGCUGAGCCGUGAGCAGCUUCUGGAGGUGAAGAGGAGGAUGAAGGUGGAAAUGGAGCGAGGUCUGAGCAAGGAGACUCACGCCAUUGCCCCUGUGAAGAUGCUGCCCACCUAUGUUUGUGCCACCCCUGAUGGCUCAGAGAAAGGGGAUUUCUUGGCUUUGGACCUCGGAGGAACCAAUUUCCGGGUCCUUCUGGUUCGUGUGCGGAACGGGAAGCGGAGAGGAGUGGAGAUGCACAACAAGAUCUACGCCAUUCCGCAGGAGGUCAUGCACGGCACGGGGGAGGAGCUCUUUGACCACAUCGUCCAAUGCAUCGCCGACUUCCUGGAGUACAUGGGCAUGAAGGGUGUGUCCCUGCCUCUGGGUUUCACCUUUUCCUUCCCCUGCCAGCAGAACAGCCUGGAUGAGAGCAUCCUGCUCAAGUGGACAAAGGGUUUCAAGGCGUCUGGCUGUGAGGGCGAGGAUGUGGUCACCUUGCUGAAGGAAGCAAUUCACCGGCGAGAGGAGUUUGACUUAGAUGUGGUUGCUGUGGUGAAUGAUACAGUCGGAACCAUGAUGACCUGUGGCUAUGAGGACCCUCACUGUGAAGUUGGUCUUAUCGUUGGCACAGGCAGCAAUGCCUGCUACAUGGAGGAGAUGCGCAACGUGGAGCUGGUGGAUGGAGAGGAGGGACGGAUGUGCGUCAACAUGGAGUGGGGGGCUUUUGGGGACAAUGGAUGCCUGGAUGACUUCCGCACAGAGUUUGAUGUGGCUGUGGAUGAGCUCUCUCUCAACGCAGGCAAACAGAGGUUUGAGAAAAUGAUCAGCGGCAUGUACUUGGGUGAGAUUGUCCGUAACAUCCUCAUCGACUUUACUAAGCGUGGGCUGCUCUUCCGUGGCCGCAUCUCAGAGCGGCUCAAGACUCGGGGAAUCUUUGAAACCAAGUUCCUGUCUCAGAUUGAAAGCGACUGCCUGGCCCUGCUGCAGGUGCGCGCCAUCCUCCGCCACUUGGGCCUCGAGAGCACUUGCGAUGACAGCAUCAUCGUCAAGGAGGUGUGCACCGUGGUGGCCAGGCGGGCGGCCCAGCUCUGUGGCGCAGGCAUGGCUGCCGUGGUGGAUAAGAUACGAGAAAACCGGGGGCUGGACACCCUCAAAGUCACAGUGGGUGUGGACGGGACCCUCUACAAGCUCCAUCCUCACUUUGCCAAAGUCAUGCACGAGACAGUCAAGGACCUGGCUCCCAAGUGUGAUGUGUCUUUCUUGGAGUCUGAGGAUGGCAGCGGAAAGGGAGCAGCUCUCAUCACUGCUGUAGCCUGCCGCAUCCGGGAAGCCGGACAGCGAUAGAAACCGGAAGGGACUUCUCUCCUUCCCCUCUUCCCUGUUUUAAAUUAAAAGGUGUCGUCCUCUUGUGUCAGA